UGUGUUUUGCAACAUCGACCGAGCGCGAGACUGAGUGACAUGGCCGCUCAAGCUCGAGCUCUCGUAGCGGCGCGAUGGCUCGCGGACGCUGUCAAAAGCAACCGUGUGGGACCAAACCUGCGGAUAUUAGAUGCAUCUUGGUAUCUACCUAAACUGCAGCGCAACCCAAGGGCCGAGUUCGACAAAACUCACAUUCCCGGAGCCUCGUUUUUCGACAUCGACGAGUGUUGCGACAAGAGCUCCAAAUUUGAUCACAUGCUGCCUACCGAGGGCGAGUUCGCGGACUACGUGGGCAACCUGGGCAUAGGGAACAACACUCAUGUCGUCGUUUACGAUGCCAGCGACUUGGGCUCGUUCGCUGCUCCUCGGGUGUGGUGGAUGUUUAGGGUGUUCGGGCACAGCUCGGUGUCGGUUCUGGACGGUGGCUUGAAGAACUGGUUAAAAGAGGGGCAUGCGGUUACCGAGCGAUAUAGUAGACCAGAGCGUGCCGAGUUCAAGACGUCCUUCAGCGAGUCCCGGGUCAAAACUUACAAAGACGUUUUGGACAAUAUUAAAACCAAAACAUUUCAAGUAGUUGAUGCCAGAGCCAAUGGGAGAUUUCGUGGGGUUGAGCCAGAGCCGAGGGAAAACAUCGAGCCUGGUCACAUUCCUGGUUCGAUCAACAUGCCUUUUCCCAGCUUCCUGGACUCAACGUCAGGUCUAGAACGUCCCGUGGAGGAACUCGAGAAGCUCUUCCAGCAGGCUGGAGUCGACAUGCAGAAGCCCUUCUGGGUCACCUGUGGUUCAGGCGUGACAGCCUGCCACAUUGCCCUCGCCGCUCACCUGUGUGGCCACCCGGGCGUCUGUCUGUACGAUGGGUCGUGGGGCGAGUGGUUCACUAAAGCUGCACCCGAACAUGUGAUCUCUGAGGGAAAAGGAAAACAGCCGUGAUUAAUGGGUUCUUAGACAUAUACUACACCACUUCACUGGAAUAAAGAACUGAUGAUUACAAGAGUUUUAGUUGUAUCAAAAAUGAUUGCAUACAAUGGCUACUAUGCACUACUGCUAUUGCAUAUACAUUUAAGUCCCUUAUCUGGUUGAAAUAGCAGUUAUAUAAAUCUAGAUUUAGAGAGAGUUACAAGUUUAUCAUGAUAUUAUUAUGCUUCACCAAUUUAUAAAUCAAAAGUAAUUAAUACAGAAGAAAACAAUACCUAAUAAGUCUCUUAAUUGUGGUUAUGUAACGAAAAAAUUGUCAUUUCAGAAAGCAAAUAGUCAUCAGUAAUGUCGAAUGCAGCUUUUAGUAUUUGAGCUUUACUAAUUUUAAGUUUAAAAAUAAGCAAAAUAAAUUUAGUGAUCGUUCCUGAUCUCUUCACGUUGCAGAGUUUUAUCUAAUAAAUGCAAUAUACUGUAACACAAA